AUGCCAUCAAACGAAGAACAUUUCCCAUAUGAAAAUUUACAAUCACAACUAUUUGUUUUGCGUAUGUUGUCUGCAUGUAUGCAGCAUCAUUGGCAAUACGUUCGAGACAUCAAACCCGAUAAUACAUCAAUGAAAACACCCUCAACUACAAACGGAUACGAAGGCUCAAUUCACAGUUUCGAUAGUUCAACACAUUAUAGCAGUAGAUGGUCAACUGCAGAAGGCCCUUUGCCAAUCGAAAUGGAUGAUCCACCUCCCUUUGAAGAUGUCAUCGCGAAAAAUAUAAUUAACGUCAUGUCUCGUAUUAUGCAUCAAACAACCAUUAUGGAAGAAAGAGAAUACGGUCAAACAACAAACCACGUUACUCAGAUUAGUAGGACAGAAUAUUACACAGCAAGCAACAUAUCCAGAACUUCCGCUGACAUUGUCCUGGAUAUCUAUAAGGCCUGUAGUAGGGUCAUUGCCUAUCUAAGUGCAAGUAAUUGGAAUGUCGUAUUCUCCAAGAUCAAAAUGCGUAUCCUUUACUUAUCAACUACAACAGACGAAAACCCAGAGACAUCCGAUAUGCGACUAUUGGAGUGUUGUUCAUUAAAUUCAAAAAGACUGAGUGUUGUGCUCUCAGAAUUUUGUUCGAGUUUCUCCAGUUUAAAAAAGGCCACUCAAUUGAUCGUUGCUGCCAUUUUAAGAAGAGCAAUUUGGGGGUGGAUCGAAACCUAUCCAGCAGAAUUUAUGCACUUAUGCCAAAAUCAAAAAAGACUGGAAGGCGGGCCAGAUGUUUUAUUUGAGAUUUGUUUAUCAUUAGCAGACACAACGAGAAAGAAGGCAAUUCUUUGGCCAUUGCAAACAAUGCUUUUGAUCUUGUGCCCUGAUAUUUUAUACUCAAUCUCAACGCCCGAAGGAUCUACAAGAAAUGUUAAUACAAAAAAGACAUUAUUUUUAGCCACACUCAAGAGUUCCUUGAAGCCUGGUAGAAUGGCAGAACUGGCAGCCAUUUGUUAUGUUGAUAUAUGUAAGGCAGCUACAUAUGUUUCCAAAAACGACUCCUCUGCACUUCGACAUAUUGUUCCUGACGUAGAAAAUGAACUUCGAGGGCAAUUAUUUGACCCUGAAAAACCCUUAAUUGCAGACAGCUUAAUGAGUGGUUUGGGCAUCAUCAUCGAUCAUCGAUCCUUGUUAGCCGAUUGUCUUGUCGCCAUGUUCCGUUUAAACCCCCGUCAUGCCAUGCGAAGUCUUUUCCCAUCAUGUCUCGAUUACCGUGCCCCAACAUUAUUCAAGAUUAGUUUAGUCAAGGCUUGUUUAGCCAUUGCCUCUGAAGAAAAUAGACUUCCCUGGAAUCCUUCUGUUACUACGUUGUACGACUCUUUAUCUGGCCCACUCCGAAAGUUAUUUAUUGAAUUUUCAGGAAAGGACUAUUCAAAAUUGGAUCCUAUCAGUGUCCCAAAUCUUCGUAAACCAGUGUUGAAUGCUGUCGGCGAAAAAAAAUCGAAAAAGGACACAACACGUGUGGAUCAAAAUAGUGAACGAUUGGAAUUAAUACUGGAUAUGUUGCGAUUGUACCAAACAGAUCCCAAACUAGCUGUUCGCGGAGAAAGUGAGGAUAGAUUCGAAAAGAACGCUGUCGCAAUGGUAGCUAUCGCGAAUUGCUUACGAGAACAAAAUCAAUAUGUCAGGGAUGCUGCAGCCAUGUGCCUCUUUAAACUUCAUUCACCUACUUAUAUCUUGGAAUGGAGUCCUGCACCUCAUUUUAUGGAAUCAUUCUGGAAAAUAUCUUCACAGGUCGUCUUUACUCUCGCCAAACAAUUACUGGAUAACAGAGAAAGAGACGAUGGAUUAAAACGUCUAUUAGAAUUAUUAAAGAGACUUUUCGAAUCUAGGAAUGAAUUUUUGCGAAUCCAUCAGGAUAUAGCGAUGCAAGGAUCCGACGCUAGAGAAAGACUACAGGCGUCCAUUGGUUUAGAAGUUGCUUUGCUCGUCUUACUCUGUUCUUCAGAUAUCGAAAUUUGUUCCUCUUCAAUUACAUGUUUUGGCCAUAUUUGUACCGAGACUCAACUCACGGACAGCAUUGAAGAUCCACAUCAGGCUAUUUUGAUGGUAGUCGAAAAUUUACCCAUUUACCAAGAGCUAUCCUCCAAUAACGGUAUUGUUACUGGUAGAAAAUCGCAACAAAAGCAAAUCCGUCGCCUAUUACGUAUGAUGACCCAUUAUGCUCCUGGAAAUUUGGCAGCAUGGGAAGAAGUGUACAAACGAUGGAAAUAUAUGACACCUGCUAUGAUGAAACCACAUGACGAAUCGAAAGAAGAUAUGCAAGAAAGUUUAAAUGCAGCAAAACGUGGCGGACAAGCCUGGCACGAUAAAUUAAGAAACACUACGACAAAUAGACAGACACAUACAUUUAAUCGAGUUGAUAGUAGUAAUUUUGAUGAUGAUAAAUCUUCAGAAUGGCAAAAUUAUGCAGGCUUUUUGGCCGCUCUUGGUGGAAUUUGUUUGAUGGCCGAUACGGUACCUACUACACCCACUUCCCCAGCUCUACCUCGUGGAGGAUACAAUACAGACAAUUCUGCUUUUAGACGCAUUUCUGCGCCUACAGAAUCAUCAGCUAUGGUGAACAAAUUCGUCAUUGAUAUGGUCGAUUUAUUACUUUGUGACAAUAUCAUUGUGCGUGAAUGGGUCAAGGAGAUCCUAGGUACUGAUCUAUCUCCUGCUCUUUAUCCUAUGCUCUUCCGAUACAUGGAAACUGUCUUGGCGAAAUAUUUUGGACCUGAUGGAGACCCAAUUUGCAGUGGACGCAACACAUUAUUUGUGGAACAAGCAAUCAGUGUUCUAAAGCUUGUUUUAGAUCGUAUGGAAGGCUCACCUGAAAAUCUUUUGACAGUCGAUUUCAGUAGUUUGAUUAAUCAAUAUGCGAAAUAUUUAAACAAACUUGGAAGUGGGCAAUCAGCUUUGAAAAUCAAAAUCAAAUUUUGUCAACUGACAGAAGUUUUGAUGAUUAAAAAGGAUAAAAAACCCGAUACACCCACACAAUAUUCGACAUUUGAAACAACUCAGAGCGAGAAAUUACACCGAGAGUUGGAUCUGUCCUGCUUGAAUACAAUUGUAGGUUUACUUCAUCAACUACCUUUGCAAUCUUCCGAUCCAGUGCAUGAAGUUGACUCUACACCAAUCAAGAGUCGGAUUUUCUUCAAAUACUUUACCUUCUUUCUAAAAUUGCUCAAUCGUUGUAGAGAUUCCGAGAACGAAACCGAUAAUUCAAGCCAUCGUCUACGCCAAUAUACUGAUUCUAACGGUUAUAGUAAUGGAAAGAAUAAGGAAAAUAUGUCUACUUAUUUGGCUCCCUUAAAAGAGAGCACAAUUCUAGCCAUGUCUAACCUUUUAAGUGCUAAUGUUGAUGCUGGUUUGAAGUACUCACUUUCUAUGGGCUAUCACGACGAUACACAAAUGAGAACAGCGUUUAUGAAGGUUUUGACAAACAUCCUUAAUCAGGGAACAGAGUUUGAAACUUUAGCAGAAACUGUUAUGACCGAUCGUUACGAAAAGAUCGUUGAUAUGCUUGUCGGUGUAGAUCUACAUAUCGCCUUAUCACUUUGUGAUGUAUGCCCUGCAGCAGAUAUUGAAGAUGCUGCGAAUGCCCUAUUAGCAUGUUUCUCUGCCAGAGGAAAAGCCUUAGUCUUGAUUAAGGCUGUAAUUCAGAAAGAGGUCCAAAACACCGAUAGUGAAACCGAAUUAUUGAGAAGAACCAGUAUUGCUACUCGACUCUUAUCUGUAUUUGCUAAACAAAAUGGCGCAGAUUAUGUUCGAUCAGUUCUUCAACCCGUCUUUAUUAAAUUGGCUGAAAAACCACCAGAGGAGAGAACAUUUGAAUUGGACUCUUCCAAAGUAGGUGUCGGCGAAGAUGUAUCGGUCAACAAACAAAAUGUCGUUAGCGCUACUGAGCUAUUCUUAAACGCUAUUUGUGCUUCUGCUAACGAAGCCCCGAGAGCCUUCCGUGAAGUAUGUCAUUGUAUUCUUACAUCUGUCCGUGAACGUUAUCCAGAGGCAAAAUAUACAGCGGUUGGUGCAUUUAUCUUUUUACGUUUCUUUUGUCCCGCUAUUGUCUCCCCAGAAGCUGAAGGUCUAAUCAAGGCAAAUAUCGUUGUUUCCCGUGAUAUGAAGCGUGGUCAUCUCAUCGCUACGAAGGUUAUUCAAAACCUUGCCAACAACGUCUUGUUUGGUGCAAAAGAAACAUACAUGAUUGUAUUGAACGAUUUUUUGACAAGUAAUAUUUACAAGGUCACUAGCUUCUUGAGAGAAAUCUCAAAUGUACCCACCUUACCUAUCUCUAUCGAAAAUGUCGCCGGUACACGUGGCAGCAGUUUGGGUAUCAAUGUGGAUAGAAUUGAUGAUCCUAAUCCGAACGAAUGUAGGAUUAUGGAAGAAAAAGAUUACAGUUGCUUGCAUCGGGUAUUGUUUGAUAAUAUGGAACGUAUCUCCCGUGAACUUGCUACCAGAAGAAUGAGACAAUAUGCUGAUCAAGAAACUGCUCAAAUCGGAAAGCGUCAAUUUGAUCGAUUCUCCAAUUUGCUUGCUCAGCUGGGUAGACCACCAGAGGUUUCGAAACAAGAGUUCAGUGGUUUGAGAAGUUACACAUUCGCCGCUGCUAAUCAAUUGUAUGCAGAGUUUAUGCGCCGUAAUAGUCAUCGCAGUGUGGAUUCUAUUGUCUCGAAGAAUAUCUUUUACGAAGGUGGUGUUUCUAAAGCGAACAGACCUGUGUUUUACUUCAUUGCUCGAAAUAUCAUUGCAGAUAGUAUUGAUUUCGAACUUUUGGUUUAUCACAUGUUACAGAUCAUGGAACGUGCAGGCAAUAAGAGUUUAGAGUUAGUGAUGGAUAUGACAUUAUUUUGUUCAGCAAAUGAAAUACCUACGCAAUACAUUAGCCAAAUCCUACAAUUGUUACCAUUUGAUGCAACCGAUAAUAUUGCAAGUAUACUGGUAUACAACCCCAAUUCCCAUCUACGAAAAUAUGUCAAGAAAUUAGCAAAACCUGCAUCCCAUAAAAUGACGAAACGCACAUUUUUUGCUGUUACUCUUGCUGAGUUGUACGAGUUUAUUAAUCCCAGUGAAGUCCGAUUACCCAAAUCAACAUCUUCUUUGGAUACUGAACAAUGCCAUGUUUUCCAUCCUGUCAAUAGGCUAUCACAAUACAAAUUGAAUAUACCUAUCACCAUCAAGGUGAGCUCGGAAUAUGUGCAGAUUAUGACUGUGCGGAAGCAAGAGUUUAUAUACGGUGUAACGACCGUCAUCAAUGAUGUUUAUCUAGUUACUGAAAUUGAAGAUAUCACUGUCGUUUCAAACCCGCGUAAUCAAGAAAUUGUGAAUGAGUUCCAUUUCAAAUAUAACAAGGGAAAGACACAUCACGUGUUUACCUCUUUAAAAAGAGAAGCCAUUGUCAAUACUAUCAAACACAACAAACGAAGGCUAGAAAUGGCUAAGCCUAACAGUAUGUCAGAGCGAACCAUUCGUCCCAAUGAUGUACCAGGUAGACUGUUAAACAUGGCUUUGCUCAAUAUUGGCAGUGAUGAUCCCAGUUUAAGACUCGCUGCGUACAAUUUAUUAUACGCUCUUAGUAUCACUUUCCAUUUUGAGGUGGGCAAUCAAUUGCUAGAUGCCAGAGAUCUUUGUUUACCAGCAAACAGCACAGCAUUUAUUGUUAACAUCAGUGAGAAAAUUGCUCAGAACCAACAGAGCUUAACGCUGGAGUUUCUUAGUGAGUGUUUCAUUGGGUUCCAGAAAUCGAGUGAACCUUUGCGGUACUUAUGCUUGGAUUACAUGAUGCCUUGGUUACCAAACCUUUCACGAUUCUGCCAAAACUCAAGUGUUGAAAAUGACAAAGAUACCAUCAAGACCAAGGAAGUGAUUCGCAAUCUGAUUGAUUUGACUGUUGCUCGCACAGACAUGUACAAGCUUGUGCAAGCUAAAAUUUGGAAGACGAUUGGACAAAUCGAUGAUAUCUUAAACUUGGUCUUAGAUUCGUUUAUUCAGUUUUCGAUCGAACAUGGAGUGGGCUCACCCCAAGCAGAAGCGAUGGCAGAUACCUUUGUUACACUUUCAAACAUCGCAGUUCGUGGAAAAGUCGUAUCUCGAUUGAGAAAGGUGUUACAAAAGACCUCUUUCAAACCCACUCGAUCUUUGACCGAUCAUUGGACAUGGAAUGAAAUCGCUAUCUUAAUCCGUUUUGUAUUAAUGCUUUCGUUUAACAACCGUGGUCCUGUUAAAAGCUAUGUUCCCGAAAUAUUACAUAUUGUUUCGUUAGUCGUCGGUGUUGGCCCAACCAUUAUACGUGCUUCAGUACAUGGCCUUGUAGUUAACAUAAUCCAGUCUUUGUGUACAACAAUGCCUAUCCAAGAAGCUAAUGUCAAGAAACUUCAGCUUAUCUUGAGUGAAAUUUCUGACACGAAAUACAGACUUUUGUUUGGCUUAUUCAAACCUCAUGCAAACGCGUUCACAAUUACACCGGAAACUCUAACCGAUGCUGCAGAACCUAUCCCACUUCACGCGCUUGAAACGAUUGUAAACAAUCUCUUAGAGGUAGUAGUAUAUAGCGCCCCUUCCGCAGAUAUGGCAAAUGCAUGGAGAGCUAGAUGGAUGAGUUUAGUGGCUAGUACAGCUUUCCAAUUUAAUCCAGCUAUUCAACCUCAAGCAUUUGUCGUAUUGGGUUGCCUUGGUAGGGAAGAGGUUGAUGAUGAUUUACUGUACCAAAUUCUGGUCGCUCUAAGAGGUGCCUUAGCUAUCUUUAAUGAGAACGAUCCCAAUUUGGUUCUCAGUAUAAUGAUGUGUCUCAAAAAUAUCGUUGAAAGUUUACCAUCGGAUUCCCGAUACCUCUUACCUCUUUUCUGGAUUGCCAUUGCUCUUGUUGAAAUCAAUAAUGGGCCUACUUUCCCUAUGGCCAUUGAAUUGCUACUUGCUAUUUUAAGAGCACUGGAUGCUGAUGAAUACUUUGCUGGGGAUCGUGUGGUAGAUGUUUUACUAGCGGCUCGUGAACCUAUGGCUGAUGUUGCACGCAAACUGGAUCAAUUAUGUGGUGUCAACUUCGAUUCCCAUUUUUCGUUCGCUAUUGCAAGCAUCUUCUUAAAGGGCGUCCGAUACAACAGCGCCAAAGAAAUAAUCUUCCAGGGUUUGACUACCUUCUUGGAUAUCGAGUGCAAACAUGCUAAUAACACUAGUACAGUGGACUCACAAAAUCUUGGUUAUCUUGCUGGUCUCUUACCCAUUGCGGUUAAAAAUGAAGCACUCAAGGAGGUGCUCAGAUUGGCUGGUCUUUCCGAACCUGAUUUCGAUAUCAUUGAGGACGACGACGAGGAUGGUACCGGGAAUUUCAAGUCAAAUUAUUACGAUGGUGUCUUUGAUCGUUUAGAUAUCACGGAUGAAACGACUGCCUUGUUGCUUAUAUCCAUGCUGGCUACACAGUUACAAAUGGUAGACAGCACUAAUGAAAAACUGUUCCUGUAUGGUUUACUUGCUGAAGCUGCAAACUCAAUGCCAGAAGUAUUUUCUGUAGUAUAUGAGACACUUUUGCCAAAGAUGAACCAAAUUGUACUUAGCAGUACCAGUCAGCCUAUUAUCGAAUCAGUAAAGUCGAUUCUUUUGACUGCAUGUUCCGAUAUUGCUUUCAGUGAUGCAGCACGAAAGUCAUACCCUAGUCAAAAGGUAUUAUUAGAACGAGUCGGAUUUUCUGCUCUGGGCGAUCCUACUUUUGGAGCAACAUCAAUCAAUGUUUUACAAAACGCAAAACUUGCAAGUGAAAUUAUCGAACUUAUUAUCGCAUAG